GUCUGCGCCAUCACGUGAUAAACCGACUAGUAAAUUACGAUUGACUUGAGAGUUGCUGAUUGUCGGCCCCUCUCCAAUGUACAGUCACUCAAAGUGGGUUACGGUUCCUGCAGCUUGUAUUUUUUCUAACGGAAAUGCUUCUGCGUUUUCAGGGUCUCCAUUAAGUAAAGUUUUAUUCGGAUAUCGGCGCCAUUAUGUCAGAAAACUGCAGAGCAGCCACCCAAGGACCAGGGCAGCGUGUUAAAUUCAGAGGCUAGCUGGCCUGCUGUCCCCCUUGUAAAGGGUGGCAGCUGGAGUGGCUAUUGGGAUGCUACGGAAGAGCAGUAGUGGUGACAGUGGGACUGAGAAUACCCAGGGUCUGCCACGACAUAUCUCCAAGCCUCACAUAGGAUCUCUGUCUGCUGGAUCCACCAAGACCUGGGAUAUGGGCCGCAGCUCCAAGAACCCAAAUCCUCUGAGCAGCAUGGUGCUAACGUCUCACCUGUUGGGGGCACCAGGAGUGGAUCCGGAGUACGUAAUGCAUCUUGUGAAUGAUGUACGGGGGUUCGCUGAUGUGUUGCUCAACCUCAAGGAGGCUUUCCAGUGUAAAGAGAAUCCGGAAGGUCUUCAGAGGCUGGUGCAGGAAUGUUUGGCAGAGUUACUCCGCGUCCUCAAGGCCAUCAUCAGCAAACACCAGACCCUCAACUCAGUGGACAUCCUGGGAGCGGCAGGCACGGUCAUUGCCAAGGUGAAAGGCAUUAACUUCAAGGAAGAGAACCAAGAAAACAUCAAAGCUAUAUUUGGCGAGAUACACAUAUCCAUUGACACCUUAGCAUUCACAUUCGGCAAUGUAGUUUCUGACUUCCUUAUGGGAGAUGUGGACAGUGGCUCAGGGUUGGGGACCCCCCAGACCAGGAGAAGCAGGUCUUUUGACAAUCUCUCUGUGGAUCCUGAGGGAUACGCUUCAGAGAAAAAUGAUCUUGUGGAGGUGCCGCUGACACGGGAGGAAGAAGUUGACUUGACCCUGCUGAAGAAUGACAGCGGUGUGGAGUCCGCUCUUCUCUACGCGAAGGCCUGGUCCAAGUAUAUCAAAGACCUUCUGGCCUGGAUGGAGAAGCGAUUGGCUCUGGAUAUUGAGUAUGCCAAAAGCUGUGCAAAAAUGUCUGAGUCUGCUAAGACACUGGUCAGUCAACAGGUCUUUAUGCCAUUCAGUGAUGUCUACGUUUCUUCAUUCAAGAACGACAUUGAAUACAAACAGCUGCUUAUUCAAACUGCAAUGUCUCUUCAGACGAAUAAAUUCAUUCAGCCUCUUCUGGCCCGUAAAAAUGACCUUGACAAGUUGAGGAAAGACAUCAAGGAGCAGUGGCAGAGGGAGCAAAAGAAAAUGCAAGAGGCAGAUGCAACCUUGCGUAAGGCACGAGUGCUGAAGGCCCAGAGGAGAGAGGAGUACCAGAAAGCCCACUCAUCUACCAGCCGCUCCCAGGAGGAGCAGUCUAAUGCUGGUAACAAACAGCUGGAGAAGAAGAGGAAGCUAGAGGAAGAGGCUCUGCAGAAGGCGGAGGAGGCCCAGGACCAGUACCAGAGCUGUAUGGCUGACGCAGGCGUCAGGAGAAUGGAUCUGGCCAACGCCAAGAGCUUAUUCCUCACACAAAUCCGAGAGAUGGUCUUCCAGUGUGACCUCACACUAAAAGCUGUGACAGUGAACUGGUUUCAGAUGCAGCAGGUGCAGUCGGUGUCGCUCCCCACCCACUACCAGACCCUGAGCGAGAGCACCAAGUUGUACGAACCGGGUGAAUGCUACGCUGAGUUCGUCCGGAAUCUGCCCAAAACUCUGCCUAAAGAACGUGUGCACUUAGACUCCACCUUCUCUGACAAUACCAGGUUUGUGUUCAACAAAAGGUCAGUGGGCAGCACGCAUUCCUCCCAUGGCAACCUGUCUCAGGCCUCCAUUACUUCCUGUGAUGUGUUGAGUGGAGACGAGGUGGACAGUCCCCUACAGCGGCCAGCAAAGAUCAGUGAGCGGAGGUCCAACAGCAGCACGGACAUACAAGCACUGAGAAGCCAGGCCCCGCUGAGAGCCUGGGCCUCCAGUAGUCAGGGGAGCCAGGGUGGGAUGUGCAGCGACUCAGAGAGUGCGGGAGGCAGCAGCGAGUCAAGGUCCAUGGAUUCCCCUACUGCCAGUCCAGGUGACUUCAAACGACGACUGCCAAGGACUCCCUCCACUGGGACCAUGUCUUCUGCUGAUGACUUGGAUGAGAGAGAGCCGCCCUCGGACAAUGGUCUCGCAGAAAUGGUGACAGAGACCGCCAGUUCUCCAGGUCCCUUCCGAAAUGCUCAGAUGUCCAAAGCUGCUCAAACCCAUAAGCUGAGGAAACUACGCGCCCCGUCUAAGUGCCGAGAGUGUGACAGUUUGGUGGUUUUCCAUGGAGCUGAGUGUGAGGAGUGCUCCCUGGCCUGCCAUAAGAAGUGUCUAGAGACGCUUGCUAUCCAGUGUGGCCAUAAAAAGCUGCAAGGAAGACUACAGCUGUUUGGUAUCGACUUUGCCCAAGCAGCAAAGAACAGCGCGGAUGGAAUCCCUUUUAUCAUCAAGAAGUGCACGUCUGAGAUUGAGAGUCGCGCCCUCAACAUCAAGGGGAUUUAUCGUGUGAAUGGUGCCAAAUCACGUGUGGAGAAGCUUUGUCAGGCGUUUGAAAAUGGGAAGGACUUGGUGGAGCUCUCCGACCUCUCGCCUCACGACAUCAGCAAUGUCCUCAAACUCUACCUGAGACAGUUACCAGAGCCAUUGAUCCAGUAUCGAUAUUACAACGACAUUAUUGGCUUGGCCAAAGAGUGCCAGAGAGUGAUUGUGGAGGAGGCCGAUAAACCUCAGAGCACCCAGCCAGGAGAGAAGGGGGGGACAAGCAUUCAGCUCAACAGAGUCAUUCUCAAGAUCCGAGACCUUCUCCGCCAGCUGCCUACAGCCAAUUACAGGACUCUGCGUUUCCUUAUUGCACACCUCAACAGAGUGACGGAGCAGGCAGAGGAGAACAAGAUGACUGCGAGUAACCUGGGCAUUAUCUUUGGCCCCACACUGGUCAAGCCACGGCAGACAGACGCUGAGGUGUCCCUUUCCUCACUGGUGGACUACCCCUACCAGGCCCUGAUGGUGGAGUUGCUGGUGCGAUACUUUCAAACAGUCUUUGAUGUAUCGCUUUUGUCCGGCUCUGACAUUACCACGACUGGCCAGGCGUCCCCCAGACUCACCCCCCUAGAGAAGCUGCAGCGGCUCAGCAGACACUCCACCUCCCUGGUGGACAUCAAAGAGAAUGCCAAAGUGUACAAAAGAUACUCAUCAGUAACCCCAUCCUCGCACAUCAUGGAUGAGCUUCAGGAGGUCCAGCCAGGAACAGACAGAACAGACGUCUCAGCCCUGGACAGACUCAACGGGAUCCAGACAUCUAAUGAAGUCCAGAGGUCGACCUUAGUGUUUGGCCGCCCCAGCACCACCAUUCCCUCCACCACCGGUGUGGCACCAAAGGUCCAGCUACGCACCCAGCGCACCAGACAUGCGUCUCGACCGAUCAGCAUGCCGCUGGAACGCCUGCCCAACCCCGCCCAGAUCAGCGAAAGGAAUUACCGUAACAAUGCUGCGAAAGAUGACGAAAGCUCUGCUGAGCGGGACACAAUCUCUGAAACUAUACAGGAGAUACCGGAGCCAGAAAAGGCUCGCCAAAGUGGCUCAUCAAGGGUUAGCACCUACUACAUCACUCCUUUCAUUGACACACAGACCAUGCCGAGGCGAACGUGGGACAGGAAGUACAAGCACUAUGAUGUUACACCCAGGACUGCUAUGAUUGUGGCCAACCUGCCAUCUGCCAGCUCUGGAGUACAACCUGUAACGGCAACAGCGCCGGUCACAUCGACCACUGCUUCCGUGGUCCCCACCACAUGUAGUGUGAGCACCGUUUUCUCCAACAACCCCUACACAGUGUCAGUCAAGCCUGGCUGGACUUCCAAAAGGGAAAAUUAUGCAGAUAAUUCAGUUAGUAAGUCUAGCAGCUCACCAAACCUCAUGUUAACGCUUAGGGCGCCAAGAACUCUGCAGCCUCCCCCGGGAACCUUCUAUAAGCCCCCUGUUUCCAUUAGCAGCAGAGCUAGGACGAUUCCAAACUGGACUACAACUGUUCCCACCACCACCACCACCUCAUUGAUCGCCCCCACCGACUCCGCCCAGGUAGUCACCCUGUCCCCUGCCAUAACAAGCCUCCCACGGACACGGCUCCAGACACAGGACUCCACUGACGGUGUCGUUGACCCCGGGGUCUCGACCUUCACUACCCUUUCGCCCCCACAGUCCCCACCCCCGAGCAGCCCAGAAGAUCUCAGCCCCAGUGAGACUAAACCUGUCUACCAAAGACUGCGACCUCGGCGGCUGCAGGAGCUUGAGCACAGAGAGGCCCAUUUUGUCUGAUGCCAAAAAACAUAUUAUAUCUGUAAAUAGUAAUGUAUCGGUGCCAUAGUGUAUACUGUGGAAACAUUUUUUUAUCAUACAAGCUGAGUGGGAGAAAAUGUAGGCCUGUGAAAUUAAACCAUAAAAGUGUUAUAAGUACUAAUAUAUUGUAUUUUACAUGUUCAAGUCAAAAUGUCAACAGUGGUUGGUCUCGCAAGCAUUAAAAACGAACAAAUACUGUGUCAGUGUAAAGCCAACUUUAAAUGUUGAGUGUCAUGUGUUUUAUUAUCAUAAACAGGCAUUGGCCAACCACAAAUUGACAUAUGUCCGUAAAGAAUCGUCCUGUCCUUGUUUGAAUUGAACCUAUAAGUUCAUGUACAAUGUUUGAUUUGUUAUGAAAUUAUACUUUAUUGUAAUCACACAAUGCACUUAACACAGGUUCAAAUUCUAAUGUUGCCUUUAAAGUUAAAAUGUGCUUAAUUUUGUAUUUUACUCAAAAGAACGGCUGGAGGUAUUUUUACCAUAAGAUUUUCAAUUUAAGAGUUCAACAGUUUUACCUUUUUAAAUUUGUUGCCUGUGAUUGGUACAUCUUUUCUCAGUAUGUAAACCUUAUGUAUCUGUUUACGUUUUUUAUACUCAUUCCUACAUACUGCAUGUUCGUCGCAGUAAUUUUGUCUCAUCGCAUUAUUGUGACUAUACAGAAGAAAAAUGACAUGCAACCGUGGUUGCUGCAAAUUAAAAAUGUAGUUUAAACUUUUA